AUGUCUCGCAUCCUCUUACAGGAUUGCCCGGUUUGUGACAAGCCCUAUGCUUGCUCACCUGUCACCGUCGUCCGUCAUGACGGAGGGCUAGCGGCGCGGCGACAAACUCUCGUCGACGUCGUAUCCAUAGGCAUUACAACCUUGCUCUGGCUUACCCAAGCUGCCAACCCUUACAGAUACAGGCUGAACCAUGGUGGUACUCCUCUACUCUGUACUUCUCACUGUAGUCAACGGACAACUCAUCAGGUCAACAACACUCCGAGACUACGAGCGGUUUUUACUUGGCAUAUUCGUGUGCCAUCUGCCCGCACCCCCUCCUUCGAGGUGACAUUGUUGAUUUUAUCAGAGAAAACAGUCACUUACCUCGGAACUUUUCUCGCAAAUCCCAUCUCGUUGCGUAGCGGACGGGUACGGGUACAUUGCACACAUCCCCCGCGCGCCCCAGUCUCUGCCUUUCCCCGACCGCCCUGCUCCUUGUCGAUGCUUGGGUACGGUCAUGACGGGAACUGGCUAUGCAAUCUGCGUGAUGUCGGCAAGAAAGGCUCAUCAAUCAAGGAUGCAACAGCCUGCGUAGUCACGUAUGGAUCGAGCGAUGUAAGCAUACAUGCAAGCCCGUUCUUCUCCAUGAACCCCCGCCGGAUGAUCUCCAUCGCCUCCCCCCUUCCUGACACCUCACAAAGGGACAAUCAUCAAACCCUUGUCAUGCUUAUUCGCGAUGCCUCUACUGCGAGCAACCAUGGCUGGCCAGUCUUUUCAUUUGCGCCCUGGUGGACCCUUUGCCAUUACUGA